AAAGCCUGCGACACCACAAGAAGUUAUCAAACAUUUACCUACAUUUACUCAAAAACCACCCAAACCAAAACUAAUCAAAAAUGUUCAAAUACGCCGCUGUUCUCUUCGCUCUGAUCGCCUGCGCCGCCGCCAAGCCCGGUCUCCUUGCUGCCGCUCCAUUGGCCUAUGCUGCUCCCGCCGCCGUCGUAGCUGCUCCAGCUCCAGUGGUGACUGCCACCAGCAGCCAAGUGAUCGCCCGUAACUACAAUGGCGUUGCCGCUGCCCCUGUCGUGGUUGUCGCUGCUCCAGCUCCUGUAGUCACCGCCACCAGCAGCCAAGUGAUCGCUCGUAACUACAAUGGCAUCGCCGCUGCACCAGUUGUUGCCGCAGCCCCCGUGGUAGCCCGUUAUGCUGCCGCUGCUCCUUUGGUCGCAGCUCAUUAUGCUGCCGCUCCUCUGGCUACAGCUCUGUGGUAAAUGUUGCUGAAAAAUUGAAAUAAACGGAAUUCGAUACAAAAAAAUUUAAAAUCUUU